GUUGAAUUGUCAGCGAUCGUAUUUUGAUCAGGCACACCGCGGACACCACUGUUUACAACAUUUUCCCAGAGUCCUUUGCGUCCGGUCUUUUUGCCAUAUCUGGGGCUGUAAAGCAGGUGAGAUCACCUGAGAAGAGGGACAAUGCCAGGAAGACUGUGGAGUAAAGCCAUCUUUGCUGGCUACAAGCGUGGUCUGAGGAACCAGCGCGAGCACACGGCGCUCCUCAAAGUGGAAGGAUGUUACAGUCGUGGCGAGGUGGACUUCUACCUCGGCAAACGCUGUGCUUACGUCUAUAAGGCCAAAAAGAAGACGAGGACCCCUGGUGGUAAGGCCAACAAGACUCGUGUGAUUUGGGGAAAGGUGACACGCGCACACGGUAACAGCGGCAUGGUUCGGGCCAAGUUCAAGAGCAACCUUCCGGCCAAAGCGAUGGGACAUCGCAUCAGAGUGAUGAUGUACCCAUCUCGAGUGUGACAGCGCCUUAGCAACUUGUUGUUUGUAAAUAAACAAUAAAAUGGACCCCAUCAGUA